CUAAGUGCAUACAACAGCUUGCACCGAGGAAGUUGCGCCUAGACUGUUGUUCGUAGUAUACCGUCUCUCGAUGCUGGAGUCGUUAAUUGCUAGCAGCUGGCGUGAGUCGGUCGCGCCUAUGUUGUCGGUGAUAAAGACGAGCUUGACGGCGCGACAACGAUCAUGAAUGCCCUGUGUUUUGAGCGGCUUGGCGAUGACGCGCGAGCUGCCGAGGGGACGUCGUCCGACUUCUUUCUCUCAAUCCUUUCUCCCGCAUCAUGGAAGCCUUCAAUAUUGUUCCUAAGAGGGGUCCGUCUAAACGUCUACGUUCGUGAAUUCGACGCAUGUCUAGCUGGUCUCGCCGUCAGCAAAACUUCUGGCAUUCCAAAGGUGGCUACAUCACCCGAUGUCAAUGAAUGAAAUAGGUAGCAACACUUUGAUCCCGGCAACGAAGGUUCUGCGCGCUGUAAGCUUUGUCUGUAUGCCGGAUUUUACUGGGUUCAGUCCGCUUUUUCCUGUCAAGGCGUUGCUAGCUAUGGAGAGUAGGUGGCUUCCAUUGCACUCUAGAUUGAGCUCAGACGUCUCGGUCUCGGCUUUCGAAGAAAUCUACGACCACGUACUUUGUAUUGCCGACAUUGAAAUCAAGAAGCAAGAUGUGGGUAUUCGCGAUUUGGAGAUUAUGUUGUAUCUUGAGUCUCAACACUACGGUGACGAGUUGUAUCGAUUGUUCAAGGACUCGUUUACAAAGGCCAUGGAGAUCUUUACCCAAAGAGAAGACUUCAAUGGGUUCACAUUCCAGGACACUGCUUCACUUUCGGACAGGGUGAAGUUGCCAUGGCUGGAGUAUUUCUGGGGCAAGAAUUACUUUUUUGAAGCUUCCGAAUGGGUUUAUGGUUACAUCGAUGAUGACUGUUGCGAUGACGACGAGUCCAAUCAAAGUGACAGCGAAGAUGGCGGACAUUCAGACAAGGAUGAGAGCAAGAGCGAACAGCAGAGCCAAUCUGACGAGCAGUCUGGGUCAGAAUCUAACGACAACAGUACUGAGACUCGGCCAACCUGAAAAAUGCCAAUUCGGUAGUAGCCAUCAGCGAGCACUAGGGCGAAUUUAGGACCUGCAAGCACAUUUUCUCUUCUCCACUUGGCCGAGAUCUUAGUGUUUUCUGAGCACCAUCAGCG